AUGACAGUAGACAUGGCCGACGACAUGCUCGUCGAUUCGGCUUCAGACUCGGCAGCAGAGCAAAUCUCCUCAAAGGAUUUGGUUGACCAUGAGCAGACAACACGGGACAUUCAUCAAAGACCAUCAACGCCUCCGCUGCCCAGUGCCGACGACGAGAUGGCAUCAAUCCAAAUACCCGACGAGGCUGCCUUAGCGGCUGCAGCUGCUGCUGCCAUGGCUGCCGCAGCACACGCUUCAGAGGGGCUCGAACGACAACAGCAGCAGCAGCAGCAGCAGCACACGCUUCACGACGGUGCAGAUAGGACGGACGAUCUCGACUCGUAUCUUGUCGCCGCUGCCGCUGCCUCUGUCCAUGCUCAGCAACAGCAGAUCAGCCAUGCUUCAGAAGAGGACUUGUUGCGAGGCAGCUCAAAUCCUGCAACCACACCACUCACGACGCAAACGCAUAUCAACGGCACUUCUGCAGACACAUCUGUCAUGACCGGAGCUCGAGCUGCCCUUCACGACCAGUGCCGCAGAUACUCCGAUGACCAAACGCCGUUUCCUCUAAGUAUUGGCAAGCGGACACUCGCAGGGCGCCCUGCAUCCUCACGAGAUAGUGUUCCUCCUCAGCUUGAACCACGAGUGGAGCUUGGCAAAACUCGAUGUUACUGGGCCUUGCUGUCAGCAGAUUAUUCCAAGGGAAACGGCCCAACAGGAGACAAGCUCCAGUUCGUGUAUCUCGAUCCCGUCCUGCAACAACACUUGGACCAACAAUCGGCUUCGAUGGUCGGUUCUGACUUCUACGACUACGUUCACCCGGAAGAGCGCGACCGCGUGAUUGACGACAUGCAGAGGAUUGUCGAGAGUCGCACUCUGUUCGGCAGCGUCACGCGUUGCCGCUAUUCACGCAUCCCGCACAUUCGCGAGCUGCUCGGUGCCAUCAACCCUCCUCGGGAUCCUGAGGCGGACCGGUAUGUCGAGGACGACAGCUUCGUGGCGAUUGACAUCAUCAUCAAUUGGAUCGGCGAUGGAAUGUUGCUUUGCUUCUUCCACGCCAUCAUCGACAAGGCAGCCGAGGACAACGACGAGCAGAACAAGUCCGACUGGACGAAUUGGUGCGGCACCCCAACGGGCAGCUUUACGCAGCACCAGUGCGAUACCAUCUGGAAGCAGGUCAAGGCUACGCCGAGGGAAGCCUUCUCUGCCUCUGGACCCGAUCACGUUUUCCAGGUCAUCGAGGCAGGCGAGGAUAGCAAGGUGCUGCUAAGUUGGCCGCCUCCUCGCCUUUUCUCGUCUGACGUCGACGCCGAUGUGUUGGCACGGUCAGAUACCACCGCCUUCGAGGACGGAUCCUACUUUGCCGAUGAUUUUGCGCGUCUCGCACGAGGCGUCUCGAUCGCACCCGGCUCUUCCUCAUUGUCGGACGCCAACACCAGCUGCACACGGCGCUUCCGCGCCAAGCACACCUUGACUACAGAGGGUAAAGUUCGCAGCAUCGAGAGCGUUCUCAUUCCUUACGGCGGUGUCAUUUUAGCUUGCUUUCACACCACAUUUCAGCAAGCACUGCCGCCGCCAGACUCCGAGCUCGUAUCGCAAGCGCAGACAGAAAGACGCAAGGCAGAAGAUGCAGGAGCUGGUCAUUCUCCGAGUAAAAGGCAGCGAACGGAGAACGAGGGUGUGUCGGAAGGACCGGCAAACGCUGGUUCCAACCUCAGCAAGCUCCCGACACAUACCCAGCCCAAGACGGUCGCACCAGUUCCGUCCUCGGCAGCAUCACCGACGGCAAAGCCGCAAGAUCGCUUCUAUGCGUUACACGAUGGCCAUGCAGGGCAGUCCAACGGUCAUUCCUCCAAGGCGGCCAACGGGAACACGCCUCGCCCGGCCGUCUCCCAGCAUCAAAGACCUGCGAUCAAGUCCGAAGGCGGCGGGAUCAAUCUGUACACCAAUGCGCCUGUCAAGGCGCCUGCCACACCGACCAACACCGUUCGACCGGCACCCGAGCGUAAGAGCAGCACGCCUGUACAGAAAGCAGCAAACGGACACGCAAAUGGUGUCUCCCCUGCCUCGCCUUCUGCUGCACCUACCGGCGACUAUGCUCCUGGUUCCGACAAGGCAUGCACCGGCUGCGGCAAAGUCAACAGUCCGGAAUGGCGUCGAGGACCAUCCGGACACAAGACGCUGUGCAACGCCUGUGGUCUGCGGUAUGCACGCUCGCUGACACGUCGCAAGAAGAAGAAGGGCAAAGAUGGAGAGGUCGAGUUCAUCGAGCCGACGGGCGAUCCGACGAUUGUUCCCAAGAGCCGAGGUGGCGGAGGCGGGAGUCUUCCGGGCGUGCAUCGAAAGAACAGCAAGAAACGCAAGGAGGAAGAGGCUGCCAAAGCUGCGGCUGCUGCUGCGGUUGCUGCGUCUACGGGAACGCCGAAUGCUGUAGUAGUGCCAUCUGCAACGACGUCGUCGUCGAGUGCGAGCCCUUUAUCUGCUUCGGCGACGCAAAGCCCGGCAGUUGGCGCAACACCAGUCGCAAAGUCGGCCUCGCCUGCCAAGGCGGAAGAAGUCGAGGUCGCCAUGCCCGCGCCUGGCCCGGUUCUUGGGAAAAGCGAGUCUGACGAGGCAAGUGACAAGAAGGCCGAAGCUGCCAACGGCGCCGUGGGCAACGAAGGCUCAUCCACGCCUGCGCCCGCUGCGACCGGCUCGACGGACCCCGCUCACUCGAUCGCAGUCUCCAUCGCACUCGACGCCAUCGCACAAGCGUCCGCCUCGGCUCCACUCCUCGACGCAGACAGUCUCUCGCUUCCCGUAUCCGACGCGAUCAGUCGAGCCAUCGCAGCCACGAUCGGAAGCACCAACGGCAGCGCAGCAGUCGACGGUGGGUUGCUCACCUCUCAAUCCCUCUCCUCGUCCGGCCCGACCGACGACACGUCUGCAGCAGCUGGUGGAGAGUCUCAGACGACGACGGAUCUGGAUCCAGCGGUCAGCGCAGCAGCUCUGCAGACGAUCGAAUCGGUCGUGUCGGAAACGCUGUACAAGCAGCUGGUCCACUCGUCAUUACCCGAGACCCCGCCGGCUGAUGCGGACAAGGACAGCGCUGGCGGAGGCUUGACCGACGCACUCACUGCGGAUGCCAUUCGCGCGGCUGCUCAGGCUGCCGUAGCGCAUGGCGUGGCGGAUGAGUAA